AUGGAUUGCAAUCAACAAAACAAGUUCGAUGAUGAGUUAUAUAAGGAUGAAGAUAAGGAGGAAGGGUCAGAUCUUGUUCAGAAUUCAAUGGAAGAGAGAGAGAAGAUGAGAAAUUCAGCUUCUGAGUCUUGUGAAGUUGAUGAUGAACCAAAAGGUGAUGAAGGGACAGAUCAGAAACCAGUUCAAGAAAUCCACAAGUGUGAAUUCUGUGGGAGGGAGUUCAACUCAAGAAAUGCAUUAGGUGGCCAUAAAAGGUUGCACCUUCAAGCUUUAAGGAAAAAGAAGGAGGCUAAAGGUAAAGGCAUCAAGUUUUCUGCUUCUAAUAGGAAACUCAUUUGUUAUAUUUGUCACAAGGAAUUCACAUCCCAGAAGUCCUUGUUUGAGCAUCUGAGAUUCCACUAUGAAAAGCAAGGUUCUAGUUCCUCAAACCCUGUUGGUUCCAUGGAAGAGAAUAAAGAUGAUGAUGAUAAUGAUUUUGGUGCAGUUGUUGCACCAAAUGAACUAGCUAUUGAUCUAUCACAAUAUUUAGCCCCAGGUUGGCUUCAGAAAUAUAAACGAGGAAGGAAAGCUAUUUAUCGUAAUGGUGAUUAUGAAGCUGCUCGAAACCUUUUGUUUUUGAAAAAGGGUAUGAAUAUGAACAGUGAAGUAAUACUGAAGAAGGAGGAUAAGAAAAGAAAGAAGUUGAUAGUGAAAUUGAAGGCUACAGAUGUGAUCUUGAAGCAGAAACAAAGGGGUCGCUACCAAUGUGGCAAUUGCAAUAAAUCAUUCUCAUCUUACCAAGCCCUAGGUGGACACAGAUCAAGCCACAGUAAAGAGAAGAACAAUAGGCCUGCAGAUGUUCAGGACUUUGAUCUGAAUAAGGCUCCUAAUGUGAUGAUGCGUGGAUGA